AUGGCUAAGCGAAUUUGGGAUGCACUAGUAAAUGCUCAUGAAGGUACCUCCCAAGUAAGAAAAUUCAGAAUUGCUCUCCUAUUUACUGAAUAUGAGGCAUUCAAAAUGAAGGAAAAUAAAACACUUCAUGAGAUGAUGACAAGUCUUACCACUUUAACAAACGAGUUAACUUCGUUAGGAAAAGUUAUUUCUGAGGAAGAACAAGUUAAAAAGGUACUGAGGGUGUUACCUAAAUCAAAAUGGAAUGUUAAGGUGACUGUAAUUAGGGAGGCAAAUAAAGAGCUUGAAGGGUUGACCCUGGAUGAACUUGUAGGAAACUUAAGGACCUAUGAAAUGGAAAUUGAUGGAAUCAAAGAACAAGCAGCCCCUGAGAAGAUCUUAUCUUUAAAAGCUUCUGAUAUUGAUGAGACAGCAUUUAUGGCUUUUGGAGAUUCAGACAUUGAGGAAGAAGAUAAUGCUCCUGAGGUAAGUUUACUUGAACUCAAAGAAAAAAUGCAUCUGUUUUCUAAAACUAAACUUGUUUCCAUGAUGAGUGAUUCAAUUGACAGUCUCCAAGAAUUAACUUCUGAUAGGGAUGAACUGUUCAAUAGCCUUGCAAGUCUAAAAUUUGAUUUCAUUGAUUUGAAAGUUUGCAAACAUUCUGUUGAAAAACAAAAUUACACUCUCAAGAACCAAGUCACAUUUCUAGAGUCUUCAAAUAAUGAUCUUAAGUCUGAAGUUCUUAAAUUAACACUCACUGAAAAUGGUAAAAGGGCCAUGAGUAAAGAACAAGAAAAGGCUGAACUUGAGUUAACUAAGUUUAGGUUUUUUAAAAAAGCUGAUAAUCUGCAAAAUCUAUGUUAUAUCUGUGGCAAUCUUGGGCAUCCUACUACUGAAUGUACUGUGGCUGCAACCAGUAUAAUUAGAAGCCAGAAUCUAGCAACAAACCUUUCUCAGACUAAAAAUACAAGCACUAAAAUUGGUCAGAGAAACAGGUCAGAGAUGAUAAAGGAAACCAAAAAGUACUGGUACUUAGAUAGUGCAUGCUCAAGACAUAUGACUGGCGACAAGAAAAAGUUCCUUUCACUCUCCAAAAUAGAUGGAGGACGAGUUUCUUUUGGAAACGAAAAAAGGGAAUCAUCACUGGAGUUGGGAAAAUUGGCACAUCGAAUUCAAAAGCUGUAG